CAAAUACCCCCUUAUCUUAUCCUGCAGACUUCAUACUUGUGCAUCAGACAACAAGAAGGGAGAACCUCAAGGUCUGAUUUUUUUUUUCCAGAAGUUCAGAGGACAACAUUUAUUGAAGAAUGGGAUCUGUCGGAGUUCAGAUCGUGUGUGUGGGCCUUGGGCUGCUCGGUCUCAUCGGGGUCAUCGUGUGCUGCGCCGUCCCGCGCUGGAAGGUGUCCUCCUUCACAGGAAACAACAUCCUGACUGCUCAGAGUAACCAUGAGGGCCUGUGGACGCAGUGUGUGACGCAGAGUACCGGCCAGCAGCAGUGCAAGAACUUCGACUCCCUGCUCGUAUUGCCUUCUGACCUGCAGGCCGCCCGCGCCAUGACCAUUAUCAGCUGCAUGCUCAGCAGUCUCAGCCUCCUCAUCCUCUUCUGUGGGGCCGACUUCACCACCUGCGUGCAAAACGAAGACAUCAAGCCUAAGAUCAACAUAAUGUCCGGGGUGGGCCUGCUGCUGGCUGGCCUCCUGGUCAUCAUCCCUGUCAGCUGGUCCGCUCACAUCUUGGUGCGAGACUUCAACAACCCCCUUGUUGUGACAAAUAGGAGGGAGCUGGGAGCGUGCAUCUUUAUCGGGUGGGCUGCCGGCGUGCUGCUGCUCCUGGCUGGAGGUCUGCUCCUCUGCUUCAGCAGGCCAAAGUCAGGCAGCUCUGGUGGAACCGCCAAAUACUACCACAACAGUGCAUCCGCCCCAAACAAAAACUACGUGUAGUGUUUUUAUGAAGGGGAGUAGCGGAGGGGGAUUGAUUUGGUAAAAGUCUGGCGAGCAACAAAGUGCAGGUGCUGCUUUAGCAAUCGGUGAAGGGUUCCACAUACACUCUUUGAAAGGGAAACUAAUAGAACCAGCUGUAAAUUAAAGGUCAAAGCAACAUUUUGCUGAUGAUUUUAACCUGUGUACAAAACAAAUACUUUACCUCCAUUCAAUUUGACUUUUUAAAGUUGUAUUCAAGGAUUAACACGAUGAAAUGCAAUAUAAUGCAAUUGUGUAAAAAAAAAAAAAAAAAAAAAAUGUAUUUGUUAUUUGUUGCUACAAAAUUAGCAGAUAAAUAAAGGUCAACAACAUUUCAGGAACAAAUAACAGCCAUCGGGCCUUUUUGAUGCACUAGUGCUUCAUAUUUGAGUUUGAAUAGCCAUUCUGUCUGAAAUACUUUUUUAUCACCUUUCUUUUUGUCUUUAGUGAUUUUUCUGUUUCAAUUAUCCGCAGUCAGAAAAAAGCUCAAAUCUGUCUUCAACCAAUUUCACCUCAGUCGUCCUCAGGGAUCAUCUGUGUGCACAUGUUUCUCUGAUGACAGUUCCCAAAUGUCUAGAUAACAUUUCAAGCUUCUUUUUUUAAAUAUAUGUCAUAUUCUCACUUUGUUUUAUUUUGUCUCAUUUUGUAUGUUCAUGAUUAUACAUAAUUAAAAUCUGGUUUAAUUCAAGCAUGUGUUUCAUGUGUGUAUUUUUCAUGUUUCAAUAAAAGAAAAGUCCAUUUUUUUUCCUCCAAAAUACAGAAGACUUUAUUUCAAACUAAAAACAUAUAUUAAACCGUUUCUUUUCAAACUGACCAGACAACCCAAAUAAAACAAAUUCAAGCUUAAAGCCUAAGUAAAAUGAAGUAACAUAUUUGUCUGAAAUGUCUCCCUUUGUCUCAAUGCAAUCAGAAGUUAGAGGAGAGCAGCCGUCUCCUCUGCCAUGGCUCUGGUGUUUUUUUAUUUUUUAUCUCUUGUU